AUUUUAUGAUUCAUUAUAGCUUCUGCCACUUUCUUAAUCAUUGCCACCCUUUUAUCCAUUUUCUUUCUUUCUUUAUUUUUUUAGCUAUAACUACUUGUAAUUUCUAAGUCUUGUUCAUUCUGUAACUUCAUAGUUGGUUCAUUCAUUACCUGUAAUAACUACUGAUCUUUUGAAUGAUGGGAAGACAAAGUGCUAGAAAGUGGAUUAGAAACUUAAUUCUGGGCAAGAAAUCAUCAUCGAAGUCUAAUUCAUCAAAACCCCAAGAUGUUCUUAAACCUUCAAGUAACAAGGAUAUGGUGAUGGUGGUGGUGUCUUCUGAGGCAUCAAUGUCUCCUCAUCCAGCCCCUCCAAGUUCUUCAGCUAAAGCCAUAACAAAAGGAAUGGUACCAGAAAAUGAGGUAGUUAAUGGAUCAUCAAAUGAAAAGCUUUUUGUUAUUGCAAGUGAAGAUGAACAGGCCAAUGCAGAAGUACAAGAUGCUGUUGCUAAUAUUGGAUCUGAGGAUCAUGCUGAGAAAAUCAACCUUACAGAGGCAGCUAUAAUAGCUCAAGCAGCUCUUAGAGGCUAUCAGGCACGCAGAAAGUUUGAGAUACUGAAAGGGAUGAUACCCCUUCAAGCUCUUAUUCGUGGCAAGUUGGCUCGAAGAGAAGCUGUUUCUGCUCUAUACUGUGUUAAGGGAAUAGUUAAAGUUCAAGCACUCGCUCGUGGUUAUAAAGUUAGGCACUCUGCUAUUGGUCUUCAAGUGCAGAAAACUCUUAAGGAUACUAAAUGUUCAAAUUCCAUUGGGAGAGUUACAUCAACAAAGGCAGAGAAGAUUUCAGAUAGUGUCUUUGUUCACAAGCUUCUGGCAUCGUCGCCGGCGGCUGUGCUUUCCAGACAACUCAGAUAUGAAUGGCUUGAACGUUGGACGAGAUCACAAUUUUGGGCACCUCUUCAAGAAUUGAAGAAAAUUGAUGAGAAAAAUGUUUUAGGCCAAAAAGUAGAAGCUGGUGAGGGAAAAGCCAAAAGAAAUGCAAGGAAAGGAGAAGCUGUGAGGGUUGACAAGAAAAAGGAAUCAAGCAUGGCAUUGCAUUCAUCAGUUAAGGAAAAUGAGAAAAGAAAACAACACAUGACAAGAAUUGAGGAUAAUAAUCAUAGUAGUUUCCAGAGAAGAGCUUCACUUCCUGCUAAUUAUUUGAAGAAUGAUAAGAAUAAGAAUGAGUCAUCACAAAACACUACUACUACUACUACUACUACUCCAAGAGUUCCAAGUUAUAUGGCUCCUACUGAGUCUGCAAAAGCUAAGCUAAACUCUCCAAGAUUUGGUAGUGAUUUGGUAUUAGACAGAAAUGGUAUAAGCAGGAGGCUGUCACUUUCAUUUUCACUUAAUGGCAAGUUAGGAAUGGCAAAGGUAGAUAACAGAUCCCUCUCAUCUUCAAGGGAUUGGACAGUUUCAGAUAAGUUGAUCCAACCUCAGUGGAGAAGGUGAUUUAAUGUUGUAUCAUCUCAAAUAGAGUGGAGAUUGUGUUAGACCAACAUUGCAGUCUCUGUCUUUGUCUUUGUUAAUUCAUCAUAUUUGUCAAUAGAUACCUGGUAAAUAUGUGUAAUAAUCAUGAUCAUAUUUAGU